UUUAUUUAUUAUUUUGGUUUUCAGACCGCAACACAUUUCUGUUUAUCGAUUUUUCGGAGCUGAAUUGCAGGCUUUACAACUCGUCGUGCUACUAGUUAUGUCUGAGAUGUUUACAAUCUGCGGGGCUAGACAUGGCCACUCAAAAACUCAGUGAAGACAGUUGGAGCUAGAAAACUUUUUACUAAACUAGUUUUUACUGUACAUAUAAUCAUUCAGAGAAAUUUAAAGGGAGUCUACGGAUAUAACCAUAUUCCCCGCUUGUCGUUUGCUUGUUUUUUAUCGGUCUUUCUGUGAGUCUGUUGACGUUGAAGCUUGCUAGCCGGCUAUCUUCUCCAUAGAGAAGGAUGAGUUCUGCGGCUAACAAUAGCUACCUUGCUGCUAAAGGACUGGACAUAAGUCUGUCUGCCCUGCAGAGACAAGACCCUUACAUCAACGACAUUGUGGACGUGGCCAGCCAAGUCGCCCUGUAUACUUAUAAUAACCGGUCGAAUGAGUGGGAAAAGACAGAAGUGGAGGGCACUUUGUUUAUUUACACAAGACUGGCAUCUCCAAGGCAUGGCUUUACAAUAAUGAACCGCCUCAGUAUGGAGAAUCUAACUGAGCCCAUCACAAAAGACUUGGACUUCCAGCUGCAGGAUCCUUUCCUCCUUUACCGUAACGCACGAUUGGUUAUUCACGGUAUCUGGUUCUACGAUAAGCAGGACUGUCAGCGUAUUGCACAAAGGAUGAAGAUUUUGACCCAGCAGGAGCAGAUCCUCGCUCAGUCUCAGGGUGGUUCCUUACCCCCAGCAGCACCAGCACCAGCAGCGGCAGUAACAGCCGGAGGAGGUGCUGCUGGCUUCGUAGGAGGAAAUAACGAGGCGAAAGCGGUUGACAUAAUUCAGAUGUUGACCAAGGCACGAUCAGAGUACCACAAGUCCGCCUCGGAGCCAAAGGAGAUCGGAGGCAGCAGUGUCCUUAGUGGGAAUCCUAAUUUGAUCAAACCGAUACCAGUUAAACCAAACACUCAGGUCAGUGAAGGUGCCGAUAACACAGUUCUGAGCUUAGCCACUCUGUUGGGCUCUCAACAUCAGCACCACCGCUCUCCUAAAUCUGGCCCGGCUGCCUCCACAUCAGCGGGAAAAGCUGCCCGUCCACCCGUCGCCCGCACACUGACCUACGAGGAUUCAGUAAACUCUGGGAGAAACGUUGCCCCCACUGGAGUUCAAGACCCAGGGGUCGGGCCGAUAGAUGGGGAGGCGGGUGAGAAGGCGCUCCAUCAGCUGCCGAACCAACUUCAACACUGUCCGGCCAUUGCAAAGCUCAUGCAGGGACAGAGGGGGGCCGCAGCAGCCGGGGGCAUGCUUCAAACACUGUCCGAGUCUCCCGAGAACCGGCUGUGCGAUAACGGGGUGCCGCUCGAACACCACCACCACCAUCCCCACCUCCACCAUCACCAUCAUCAGCAGCUCCACUCCCACCACCACCACCACCACCAGGAGCAGCAGCAGCCUGACCCAAUAAAGAGACUCCUGCAAAGCCAUCCGCUUCCUCCACUCGCCACCUCUCUCACCUCUGCUGCUGCUCCGGCUCUGCAGCAGAACCCUCGUGCCUCCUCUCAGCCUGCCCAGUUGGAUUCUGUGUCAAGUUCCCACCUCGAAGUGCAACAAGGUCAGCAGCUGUUCCUCAGCCUGUUGAAGUUGCAGGCAGAAAUCCAGCAGAGAGGGCAGACGGACUCUGCUGCCAUGGGAACAGGUCCAUCAUCCCAGAUGCAAGGUGUGGUUUCUCCUCACGAGCUCCUCCAGAAACUCCAAUUGGUCCAGCAGGAGCAAAACCUGUCCUCUCAGGAGCAUCCUCGAUCCCAUCCACACCCAGGACUGGCACCUCGAUUUCUGGGGCCCAGUCUCAGUCAAAGCCCAGGCUCCUCGUUAGGCACAGUCCCAACGCAGACCUCAGUCGGCCCAGAUCAAAAAGCUGAGCUGCAGUUUCAGAUCAUCUCGCCCCAGCGGAUUCCUGCCACAGUGGCCCCCACGCUGCUCCUCUCUCCCAGUGUCUUCUCUCAGACAAAGCCCAGCAGCGGGUAUCCAGCCGCUGCUCCAGACAGCAGCUCUGCACCCUCAACCCUAUGCAAACCCUCACUGCAGGAGGAGGUCAGAGCUCUUUCUCGAAGCCAGCUGCAAGCAACGCUGCUGCAUCUGAUCCAGACUGACAGCUCAUUCCUGGACUCCAUCUAUGAAGCAUACGUCAGCCGCUUUGCUAACGGCUCCAGCAGCAAGUACUGAUGACGCUUGACAUCUGCUGUCUGUCUGCACACACUCCCUGUCCAAAGGCUGCAUCUGAUAUUUGGUGAACCGCUUCCUCCAAAUCACACUUACAGCGUUUAAUCUGCACAGUCUGACUCUGUUCACUAAGAACAAUCUCCUAAAAAAUAAAUACGGGUAUAGAAAUGCAAAACAUCUGCAAAAAUACAACGUUUAGAUCCUUUUACUCGUUGGGGUGAAAAAGUAGAUAUCUGUCUAUUUUAGAAAUGUAUAGUACAAAUUACCAGGAAGGAGAAACUUAAAGUCUUUACACUGACAAUAGUUAGAACACGCUGCACCGUUAUUCUUUAAAUGCUCCAACUGUUGAUGAUAUUCUGCACAGUUUAUUCAGGUCAUGUAUAGCAAUAUAUCUAUCUAUCUAUCUAUCUAUCUAUCUAUCUAUCUAUCUAUCUAUCUAUCU